AUACAAUAGAUCGAUAUGCCUGCUCUAAUCAAUACCGUUUAGCAGUUUUCAUUAAAAGCAACUUACAGCGCAAUCAACAGUCAGAAUCAACUUGCCUUGUCCUCUAUUGCAUCUGACCACCCUAAACUGUUGCCAAAUCACUGCAAGCGACAUAGGGGUGCCGGGGCUCCUUGCUUGUGUCUCCUACAUGCAACGGUCGCUUUUGCCCCUCUAGAGCCCAGCGUCGACAGCAACCUGGAAGUCCGGUGCGCGGAAGGAGGAAGAAGCCCUGUCUCUUUAGAACUCCCUGUGCCAAAGUCCCUCCCCAGCGCGCCUGCGCAGUGCUAGCGCACGGAGCCAACUGCGCAAGCGCAGAACUCAGCCGUCGGUCCCUUCCAGUCACGGGAGUUUUAACGCUCCGCACGAAGCGCGGUGCCUCAUGGCGGAAAAGUUACAGCGCUCCGGAGGCCACCAGCUGGGGCUGUGCUUGCUUUGCGGUUUACCUGCCGCGGGUAAAACGACGGCGGCGCAGGCUCUGAGCCGGGUCCUGAGGGAGCGCAAAGGGUGGCGUUGCGUUCCCCUCGCUUACGACGACCUCAUACCUUCGGAAGCGUUCGACCAAUCAAAUGAGAGCUCGGGACAACGCGGACAGCAGCCGUUGAUGUCACACUGGAGAUUGUACCGUCAUGAAUUAUUGCUGUAUCUUGAACAUUUCCUUCAGAAUUUUAUUAAAGGAUGCCAUUAUUCUCCUCCUCCAAACAGAACUGAAACAACAUGGAAAAGGUUUGCCUGCUAUCUGAAACAACAAGAAAUAAUAUAUCCAAGAACAGGAACUGAAGACUCUGCAUCUUGUCAAUAUUUAAUAGAUUUUACCCCUCUCAGACCAAUAUAUUUUAUUUUAGAUGACAACUUUUAUUAUCGGAGUAUGAGAUACGAAGUGUACCAGUUAGCUCGCCAGUAUACACUGGGCUUCUGUCAGUUGUUCCUAGAUUGCCAGGUUGAUGUUUGUUUAGAGAGAAACAAUCGGAGAAAACAACCAUUACCUGAAGAAACCAUCCAUGCAAUGGUGCAGAAAAUGGAAGCUCCAAAACCAGAGAAAUACGCCUGGGAGCAGAACAGCCUCGUUCUGAAGACUACAGAAUGUUCAGUAGAAGAUAAUCUUCAAGUGAUUGAUUUGCUAUCUACUGCUUUGGAAAAUCCAGUGAAACCCCUGGAAGAGAAUACAGAAGUAAAGGAAAUGGAUCGAGCUAUUUGUGCAGCCAGUGUUCUUCAUCAAGCAGACCAGGCUGUCAGGCGAGCUGUCUCUCAGACCAUGAAGACUGCUAAAGAUAAUAACCUUACCCCAAAGGAGAUGAAGAGCUUGGCAGAUGAACUAAAUAUGCUGAAAGUGGAAUUUUUGGAAGAUUUGAGGCACAGAGAAAACGAGAAAAAUAACCAAUUGGAUAUAAAUGUAACCUCUUUAUUCAGCCAACAGGCAGAUGGCGUUGUUAAAAAAUAUUUAAGUAAGAAGUAUUAGCAUUUUGAUUCAUUCAGUGAAGGGGAUAUAAUGCAGUAGGAUGUGGGUUUGGCAAGAACACAAGAUAUUGCUGAGAUUUGGCAUUUUCAAUGCCAGGCACCUGAAGCAGAUAUGAUGUCUCAUUGGAAAAAGCUGGGCCGAUUCCCUCUCUCUCUCUGUUCGGACUGACUGCGAAAAAUACCAGUUGUACCAAGAAGCUUCAGGAUCCAUAGGGAGAAGAAAGAUACAGUGAGAUUUACCCUCUGAAAUAUUUUACUGUUUGCUAUAAUUUGAAAUAUGUCUGCAGCCAGGAUCAUUGACUCAUACAUACCGGUAUGACCCAGACGUUGUUAAACUUCAAAGUCCCACCAGCCCCUACUAGCAUGGCUGAAGGUCUAAUGGAGGAUGGCAGUUGUAGUCCAACAACUGGAGGGCAAGGGGCUUAGUGGGCAAACAAUGGCUGGAUCUAGACACAUUAAAGCAGCAUUCCAGUUAAAAGCGUUGUAAAUUUAAAUAGGGAAAACAAGUACUGUAGGGAAAAAACAGGACUCCACAGCACCAUCUGAUGGCACAAAGUUAUACUGUAUCGCAUAUAAAGGUAAACGGAUCCCUGACCAUUAGGUCCAGUUGUGACCGACUCUGAGGUUGCAGCGCUCAUCUCGCAUUAUUGGCCGAGGGAGCCGGCGUACAGCUUCCAGGUCAUGUGGCCAGCAUGACAAAGCUGCUUCUGGUGAACCAGAGCAGCGCACGGAAACGCCUUUUACCUUCCUGCUGUAGCGGUACUUAUUUAUCUACUUGCACUUUGACGUGCUUUCGAACUGCUAGGUUGGCAGGAGCAGGGACCAAGCAACGGGAGCUCACCCCGUCGCGGGGAUUCGAACCGCCGACCUUCUGAUCGGCAAGCCCUAGGCUCUGUGGUUUACCCACAGUGCCACCUGCGUCCCUUAUAUACAACACAUAUAAAUCACUUUUUCUUUACCAAUUUGGCUGAGUUCUGUGUGUAGCUUUAGCACUGUUAUAAAAUACUGUACAUUAAAGACCAUCAGAAUCAAAAGGACUGUGCCUUUCCAUAUUUGUUCCAUCUAGUCCACUCAGACUGCCGUUUCAUUUUUAUUCACAAAGGGGAUGCAUAUAGUACUUCUGGCUAUAUAUUCCACAUUUUGUGAAUUGUUUCCAGUCAAAGGUACAGUGGUACCUCGGUACCUCCGUUCGACUUCCAAAACGUUUGGAAACCAAGGCGCAACUUCCGAUUGGCUGAAGGAAGCUGCUGCUGCAGCCAAUCGGAAACCGCGUCAGAGGUUUGGGUUCCAAAGAACGUUUGCAAAUCGAACGAACACUCCCAGGUUUACGGUGUUCAGGAGCCAAAACAUUCAACUCGCAAGGCGUUCGUGAACCAAGGUAUGACUGUAUAUCACUUUUUGUUUUCAGUACUGUGAGUAACAAAGGGUUUAAAAAUAGCAAGGUAACAGUAGUAAUAGAGCAACCUAGUAAGGCAGCGAUCCACAAUCCACGGAGGCACUGUAGCCAUGUUGACAACUCCAAAAUAAGUGAGUUAUGGGCUGCGGUUUCAACCACCACCUCUCACACAAUCUCGUUUAUCUGAAUGCAGAAGCUGAAAUUCAUCUGGAGAAAAUAUUAAUGCAAGCUCCUUAUAACAUUAAGACUUUGUUUUGCUUUAAUUAAUAGAGCUGCUGUUGAAUUUUUUCUUAUUUCGGGCCUGAAUAUGGGGAGAGAGACUUAAGAGCCCAUGGACAGUGGAAAAUGUUAUGUUUAGAGAUUAAUUUUGAUGCUGUAGCAGAGAAUGAGGCUAAUACUCUUUUUCAAAACCCCAAUCCUGCAUGUUUUGUUACUGAAACGAGCUGUUCUGUAUCAGUGGUAAAACCAGAGUCUGCAACAUCCCAUCCUUAUGCCUUACUUAGUGGAAGCAGUAAAGGCUGUAUUGUACUUCGUAUACCUUGUACUUGAGCAUUUUGGCAUUGUAGAUCCCAGUGGUAAAUGACAUCAUUUGCAGGCCUUCAUCUGCUUUUAGUCCCAGCUCUCAUUUCUUGUUGGUUUAAGUUUGUUGUCCUCUGCUGCUCAGGUGUCGCUAAUAGCUCUUUGGCUGAAUGGUCUCUAAAAAAACAGUAGUGCACAGGGUUUCUAUUUCCACUACCCACCGCAACAGUGGCCUUGAGUUUUCAAAAGCUGCGUGACCUGUAGCAGUUGCUCAGGUUAUCUAUAUGUUUCCAAGCCUCACCUCUUGACUAUCUGCUCGACUUUAAGGAGUACAGGAACUCUACUAAAAUAGAAGCCAUGACCCUGACCAUAGCCCUUUACGGCUCAAUUCUAAAAAUAUUUUGUAUUUCUAGUACACAGUAACAUUCAGAGUUUGCCAACACACUGUACUGGAAAAAGUAGAGAUGUCCCCAAUAAAGCUUCUCCUUCCCUCACUUAUUCAACAUGACCUUAUUUGAUGGCCACUUCUUGCCCUAUCUUUUCCCCAUACCUAUGCUUUCAAUCGGCCCCUUGGCCUCCUUCUCAGCAUGGAUGCCCUUUCAGGGUCAACUAAGACCAGCUGGUCUGGUUUUGGCCAGGGAAGAAGUGAACAGGCUGAGAGUGGAGCUGUCACCAGCUGUUGUCCAUUGCUCUACAACAGCUCAUUCAAUCAGAUCAUUUAUAGACAUUUC